AUGGGCUCUCUCCGCGAGGGCAAAACCCCCGAAGAGAAAGAUGAAUACAUUGCCGGACUGAAGCAGAUCAUCAACGACAUGCGACGCGACAAGGUGAAAGACUUUAGCACCGUGGCUGCGGAAAUAGCCGCAUACCGUAGACGCUUCCUCCAAGACCCUUCGCGGAUCUUGCCAUUGUAA